AUGGGCUCUGUGGCACAGUUACCCAGCCCUUCUGUCGAUCUUCACAAUAUUCCAGACCUUUGUGAUCGUAUACCUGCCAAAGAUCCGCUCGCGACUUCAGCUGCUAUGGCGUCAUACGGAUUUGGUGACUACGGCAGUUAUGGAGAUCCGAUGAUUCCUAUGGAUGACUUUGACGUGCCCAAUGGCCACACGCUUAUCGGCCACAUCCAUUGGACUUCGAUGACCUUUCGGCUAUCCAUGAAUCACGGCAACCUACAGCCUUUUGAAUCGCAGUCAGAGCUCGUUGGAUGGGGCGAUGAUAUGGACUCAAUCUUCGCUUCCCAGCGUGAUCAGACCCUUUGGUCUCGAACCAGAGGUUCAGGACGUCGUAUGAUCCAUGAUGAGACACCGUACGACCACGACCCUAACUAUGACCCCCACGGUCGGCUUGGUGAGCAGUGGGGGAUGCCGUCGGGUGAGGAGUUCGGAAUGCUCCAGCUUAGUACUGGGACGAGUGACGGCAGGUUAAGCAAUCACCGUCUGAAUGAUGGCUACCCGCGGUUACCGCACGGUUUCUACCUCAGCGGGAGGACUACUAUACCAGACGUCUCCGGGGCGUCACGAGUAGAGAGCACGGGUCGAGGAGCAAUCCGUGAGACUUGAAUGUGUUGCGAAGUGAUUACCAAUGGCACGACUGCCGCGGGAACCCUGGGAGGAUGAGCCUUGGAACAUGAAUUGAUAGCAGAGCUCCAGCGUUGUCCAUCAAGUGAGAGCAGAAGAGGCUCAUGGUAGCCGGGCAAUGGUCACGGAGUAGGAAUGAUUGACAAGUGGGAUAUGUACCUUGUACAUCAAACGUCUAGACUGUCGUUCAUUAUAUGCUCGUCGUAUUAGACAUCAUACAGGCAUCCGAGGACACAUUUGUAUCCGCG